CGGCCGAUCGAUCCAACCCAAAACACAGCCUUUAACUCAACCCGUCGCCCUCUCUCGCUUCUCCCCUUCGCCAGCAGCAACCGUGCACCCAGUGGUCUCUUAUCAAACCCCUGUCGGUCGCUGUUGUUUGCCUGAGCGAAAUCCUUUUGCUCUUGCUGGUCUAAUUCUCGCACAACCGCCGGCCGGUCGACGUUGAACAUGUCAGGCACCACCGGCAAGAGCCUUCCCCUGUCCAAUUCGCCAUUAAAGGCCAUCGAAGAAGCAGCCAAGGCCAUCGAGAAGCAGGGCAUAGGCUCAAUUCUCGCUUCCGAUUGCCCGCCCAUCAGAGCCGCCGCCUCCUUGAGGCGAGCUCUCUCCGCCGACAUGUCGUCCAAGAAAUGGCUCUCUCCCUUGAAGAAGACGGCGUCGGCAAAAGAACUCGGCGCCCUGGUUGAAGAUUCGUCUUCAUCUGAGGAAGAAGAUGAAGAAGAGGAACAGGAAAGGCCGGCGCAAUUCGGCUCGUGGACCUCCAUACUACUGUCGCAGAAGGCCGGGGAAGACGAAUCCAAGCUUCCACCGCCGUAUAUCCAUCCGCUUGUGAAGAGAUCGGCGAACUCUUUGAGUGAGACGAGCCUCCUGAUUUGCACCGAGAGUCUCGGGUCGGAGACAGGAUCGGACGGGUUCUCCUCCUACGCCGGUUCUGAAUCCGGGGAGCCCGAUCAAGAAGAGAAAGAUAUUCAGCCCCAAUCGAGAAGCUUUGAUGAAGAGGAGCUGCGAGUUGUCAAUUAUAGCUACGCUAACAGUAAGAAAAUGGCCACGGCUAGAUCGUUCCCGCCGCCGAUUCCGUCACUGGCUCGUUCCGGCGGGCCGUCCCUUCACAUGCAAUCUCGUCGCGACAAUGGCCGGUUAGUCUUGGAAGUGGUGUCCGUUCCUUCCCUGAACUGCUUCCGCGCGCACCGCCAAGACGGCCGCCUUCUCCUCACAUUCGCCGCCGGUGCUCCGGAAGAAAUGGUUGACGAUCAAGACGGAGAUGUACUUGACGAUGAAAUGGAAUUAGAGGAAGAGGAGCAGGAAGUAUUUCAAACAGAGGAAGAAGAAGGAAACGGGGGUGAAAAUUUUGAAGAAGAGAAAGAAAUCGGAUUCGUGAUGGAACAAGCGCCGGAGAUGCCGCGUGGAUCUACGAUUAACUUUCACAGGUCGGCCAUGGCGAUGAAGAAGCUUAUGGGGAUGGAAUAUCGGAAUCCGACGUGGACGCUGGUGGACGAGGAGGAGGCAACGAAGCUGUCGCAGUCACUUCCGCGGCUGACGCAUCCGCCACCGGCCACGGCGGCGGUAGCCUCCUCCUUCAAUGAAUACAACUACUUCUGGCGGACCAAGCCCGCCUUGAUCAACCCAUUAAUCGCCCAAAAUGUCUUGCCCCUAAGAAACAACUCAAACAAGAAGCCUUAUGAUCAAACGCUGGUGCUGAGAGGAAACAAAGCAGAUUUCUUGAUCCCAUUAUUGAAGAGCUGCAAGGAGCAGAGGAGAUCCCUUCUCAUUUGGGAGCCUCCCUGCAUUGCCACCUCUUGACGAUCCAUUUUCCACCAUCCAGUAUUACUAACUAUAUUAUUAUUAUUAUUAUUAUUAUUAUUAUAAAUUACCACGACCUAAAUUAAUAAAUAAUGAUGAUUUGAUCGAUGAUGAUAUUGAUCUUCUUCUCAUGUGUUUCCCAAUUUUUAAUAUAUAAAAUUAUUAUUUUUAAUCACGUGAAAAUAAAUUUGCCCAAAUAAUGAAAUGGAAUGACGGGUAAUUUGGGAUGAUCAUUCUUGCACAGUUUUUAAUAUUUGUGUUUUUAAUUACAUUA